AUGGGGAAUUUCGCUACUGGUGUUGUGCAAAGUGCUCCCUCACCCACUCAAGAAGAGGCAUGGCUGGAGGCGGUGAAACCCGCAAUACGAGACUAUCGUCAAGAUGACUGGGGAUAUUCGACCGGGCCAAACAGCACCGGCCACCUCGCGGUCGAGGAGCCGUAUGGCAUGUGGCAAGAGACCGGCACACUGCCCCUGACCUCAUCCUACGAUGUCCCGAUGUUCGACGUGAAUUCGGACGGGACGGUCUGGCCAGCUUACGGAGAACUUAGAACUCACCGAUCCCAAGAUUUCGGUUCCUACGCGCCGGCCUGGCCAAUGUCUCCAUCAGAGACGCUGUCGACCAACCCUUGGAGCCAGACAGACCAGCCUCUUCCGUCCCCGCUGUCCGAAGCACCGUCCUUGGCCUUUUCCGCGAGUCCCUUGACAGAAGACGGGCGAAACGGGGAGCAGUAUAGCUCCCCGUACCCGAGUCAAUUGUCGGCCAGCCAGCCCCGCUCGCCGUCGGGAACCAGAGCCAGUUCUACCGUGGACACACCGGUAGUCGAUUCCAAGGGCAAGGCCAAACCCAAGCCAAAAUCAAAGAAGUCAACCCGCCCCUCCAAGAACCUCGCCAAGAAACCCACCGCGGAGCCAACACCUAGACCCGACUCGGUCUCCCGACCUCAAACCCUUAAGCGCCACUGGUCUGACACGUCGGCGGCCGCAAUGACGGUUGCCAUGCCCACAGCCCACCCAUCAGCACCACCACCACCACCUCCUCCUCCUCCACCAACACCACCAGCAGCAAGAAUAACAACAACAAUAGCAACCACCACCACCACCAUUAAGACGACGCUAGGCGGCGUCCUACCAGCCAACGUCGACCCGCGCGAGGCGGCCGAGCAGAUCCAGCGCGAGGCCUGGCAGCGGUGCCGCGCCGAGGCGCGCGCCAUGUCGCAGCGGCGCAUGCUGCUGCUGGGCCGCGAGCGCGGUGCGCUGCGGCGCGAGAGCCAGCGGCUGCAGGCGAACCUCGGCCGGAUGAGGGAGGCGGUGGCGCGCGGGGGCGGGGACGGGCUCGGGGGCUGGAGCGGGGACGGGGGUGAGGAAGACGGGCAAGAGGAGGCGGAAGGAGAAGGGUGCGAGGAGGGGGAAGGAGAAGAAGAAGGACGCUCCCCGUCCUUGAUCGCUGCCAUGUUGGAUCGCUUCUGUCAGAACGCGCCUGGCAACGGCGGCAUCAACUGGACGCCUCGCAAUUCUGGAUAG